AUGAAAAACAUGCUGUUACCAAGCAUUCUAUUCACUUGCAUAAUAUACUUCUUGUUAGGAUUGAAACCAACAGCAGAGGCCUUCUUCAUCAUGAUGUUUACCCUGAUGAUGGUGGCUUAUCCGGCCAGUUCCAUGGGCUUGGCCAUAGCAGCAGGUCAGAGUUUGGUGACUGUAGCAACCUUGCUCAUGACCAUCUCUUUCGUGUUCAUGGUGAUAUUCUCAGGUCUGUUGGUAAAUCUCAAAACUGUUGUGUCUUGGCUCUCAUGGAUUCAGUACUUUAGCAUUCCCCGAUACGGCUAUUCGGCUCUGCACUAUAAUGAAUUUGUGGGACUAAACUUCUGCCCAGAUUUAAAUACAACAGCUAACAAUACACGCCAAGGCUAUGCGAUAUGUACUGGUGAAGACUAUAUGACGUACCAGGGCAUAGAGCUUUCACCGUGGGGGCUUUGGAAGAAUCAUGUGGCGUUGGCUUGCAUGAUUGUUAUCUUCCUCACAAUUGCCUACCUGAAAUUGUUAUUCCUGAGAAAGUACUCCUAA